AUGGCGCAGUAUUUCUUCGACCUCCUCUACAACUUCACAGAUUGCAUGUGCUGCUUCCCAGGCUCACCACAGCUGAAGAUCAACAAUCGCAAUUUCAAGCUCCUGCGACUGCUAGGCGAGGGCGGUUUCUCCUACGUCUACCUGGUCCAGGACAAGGCGAGCUCGGAACUCUUCGCGCUCAAGAAAAUCCGCUGUCCGUUUGGACAGGAAUCUGUCUCGCAAGCGCUGAAGGAAGUCGAGGCGUACAGCCUGUUCACCUCGCACGACAACAUCAUCCAUUCGAUCGACCAUUGCGUCUCGACAGAAUCGGGGUCCAAGUUCCGCUCGGAUGGCGGUGAUCCCGGCUCGAAGACCGUCUACAUUCUGCUGCCGUACUACCAACGGGGCAACCUCCAGGAUGCCAUCAACGCCAACUUGGUCAACCACACCCGGUUCCCGGAGAAGCGCCUGAUGAUGCUGAUGCUUGGCGUGGCCGAUGCGCUCAAAGCAAUGCACCAGUAUCGCGUUCAGAGUGGCUCCUCGUCGACCCGCAAAGCGAAGGGGGUGCGCAGGGAAGGGGAGGAAGCGGACGAGGAGCGGACGAUGCAGAUGAAGCCUAAGCGGCGCGCCAGCCAUCGCCCGCAGGAUGAAGAUGAGGAGAACGAGCCUUUAAUGGAUGAUGAGGUGACACGCAGCCAUGAGGGUGUCCAGGAUGGUGGUCUGCGCCCCUACGCGCACCGCGAUAUCAAGCCGGGCAACAUCAUGAUCGACGAUGAUGGCCAAAGCCCUAUCCUGAUGGACCUUGGCUCCCUGGCCCCGAGUCCCAUUGCCAUCACAUCCCGCUCCCUCGCCCUGGCAGUGCAGGAUACUGCCGCUGAGCACAGUACCAUGCCGUACCGAGCCCCGGAACUCUUCGACGUGAAGACCGGUUCCAUUAUCGAUACCAAGGUGGACAUCUGGUCCCUCGGCUGCACACUGUAUGCCUGCCUGGUCGGCAAGAGCCCCUUCGAGGCCCGCAGCGACGAGACCGGUGGUAGUCUCAGCAUGUGUGUUCUUGGCGGCGACUGGCGAUUCCCCGACGAAAGGUCCACUGCGACCAAGGGCAAGGGCAAGGUCUCCGCUGAUGGCGACGACGCAUCCGGCAACAGCGAGCAAUCGAUUAGCCCGCUGGUCAAGGACGUGGUUCGCAAGUGUCUCCAAGUGGAGCCCGCAGAGCGCCCUGACAUCGAUGAGCUGAUCCAGAUCAUGAAGGAUGUCAUCAGCCAGUUGCCGGACGACGCGGGCAUCGCGGGGGCGUCUCACUAA